UGGAAAAAGGUGACAGACUGGCAUCCGCAGAUUCCACGAUGCGAAUCAGCUGGCCGUUUCGUCGGAUGCAUGUUGGAAGAAACGGACGGUCCAGAUCUGUUGCCCAAUUAUACCGCAACUUUCUGGACGUUUUCGGCCGUCCCAUCCCACACUGCCACUCCUUGCAAACGGAAAAAACCGACACCCCUCCACUACAUCCCUUCUGCGGUGGCCGUCGUGGCGGUGAUGGUGGCGGCGGUCGUUUUCUAGGGCCGGAAAGGGGAGAGAUCGUCGCCGCUUCUGCCGACUGACUCACAUUUGUGAUUUUCCGGUGUGUGCUGGUUUCUCAAGCUACUUCGAGCCCAAGAUGGUCGCACAGGGAUUCACUGUCAAUUUGAAUAAGCCACUUGUCUUCCAGGUGGGCCAUCUCGGAGAAGAUUAUCAGGAGUGGGUUCACCAGCCCAUUGUCAGCAAAGAAGGGCCUCGAUUUUUCGAGAGUGAUUUCUGGGAGUUCUUGACUCGCACGGCAUGGUGGGCAAUUCCUACCAUUUGGCUGCCGGUUGUUUGCUGGUUCGUUUCAAUGUCUUACAGGAUGGGCCAUACACCUUCAGAUGUAUCUUUGAUGGUGGUAUUUGGAAUUUUUGUAUGGACAUUGCUUGAAUACACACUUCACCGUUUCCUUUUCCAUAUUAAGACGAAGAGCUAUUGGGGAAACACCAUACACUAUCUGCUUCAUGGUUGCCACCACAAACACCCGAUGGAUAGCCUACGACUCGUUUUCCCCCCUGCUGCAACUGCUGUUCUGCUCUUUCCGUUCUGGAAUUUGAUAAAGCUUUUUGCCACUCCAUCUACCACACCUGCUUUGGUUGGAGGUGGGUUGCUGGGCUAUGUGAUGUAUGAUGUUACCCACCACUACCUUCACCACGGCCAACCGUCUCGAGAAAUGAUGCGAAACCUUAAGAAAUACCACCUAGGCCAUCACUUCAGGAUCCAGACCAAAGGCUUUGGAAUUACUUCAUCACUAUGGGACAGAGUUUUUGGAACCCUUCCUCCACCUCCAAAAGUAGCCGAGAAAAAAAGAUGAUUCCCAUCCACUGCUGCAGGUAGUAGUAUCAGUAAAAAUAGGUUAUGACUGCAAGUUACUGUGAUUGAUUCUCAACAUUAUUCUUUGUUCUUGUGUCUAUUUAUUGUUGCAUAAAUUUUUUGUUCCUGCCGUGUGGCGUCGUCGGGAUGGUGUUUUUUCGAUUUUCCGGUGCCUCGGAUUUUAUCCUGCCAUUGUCUUUCUAUGUAACUUGAAAUCACUGUUCUAAUAUAUAUAGUUUUAUCUAUGGCAAGCCGUCCGUGUUCUUUGCU